AUGCACCUAAUUGCAAUAUUGUUUUUUUGCUUUAAGACAAUCUGUUUCAGUUCUUCUCCUGUUUGUAAGAAACCAGCGAUACAUACUUGCAUACUUACACGCACAUGUUGACACCUCAGCCGAUAAAACUUUUUCCGGCCAUGUAAAACUUCCGGCAAGAUCCUAGUUCAUGUAUUAAUUUUUAUAUAUGUUUAUAUAUGCAGAACAUUGAUGGGGUUUGGUGAUUGAUGUUAUUAAACUGGAAUGUUGGAUUUUUGAUUGUGAUUUUGAUUGGUUUUUGUUGUGUAUAUGAAAUUAAUGUGAGAUUUUUUGUGGGUUAGUGGAAGUUGAGAACUUUAGGUUAGGGGGUAGAAGGGUGUGGUUUAGUGAUUUAUUGGAUUGGUUGAUGAAUGAUUGAGUCUGUUAGAGUGUGAAAAAUCGAAACUUUUUUGGGGGUGUGAUUGAUUUGUGUGAGAGUUUGGUUCGUAAUGGAUUUUAAAUCUAAGAAGAAGUUGAAAAAUGAGUCUUUUGUAGAUAAGUUUUUGGAGGGGAGAGAUGGAGAAGGUAGAGGAGAUUAUGAUGGUGGUUUUAAGUCUGGAUCGAAUGAUUCACUUAUACCUGGUCUUUAUGAUGAUGUUGCAUUGAAUUGUCUUGCUUGGGCUUGUAGAUCAGAUUAUUUUUCUUUAUCUGGCCUUAAUGUUAGGUUUAGUAAACUAAUGAAAAGUGGGUAUUUAUACGAGUUGCGCAAGAAGUUAGAGAUUGUGGAGCAUUGGGUGUAUAUGGUUUGUGAUCCGAGGGGGUGGGAGGCGUUUGACCCGAUGAGGAAUAAGUGGGUAAAGUUGCCUAAAAUUCCAUGUGAUGAGUGUUUUAAUCAUGCUGAUAAGGAGUCAUUAGCUGUAGGCAGUGAGUUGCUUGUUUUUGGGCGUGAGUUAUUUGGGUUUGCGACGUGGAAGUAUAGCUUAAUUCACCAUAGUUGGUUCAAAUGUGAAGGAAUAAAUCAUCCUCGUUGUUUGUUUGCUUCGGGUAGUCUUGGAUCGGUUGCUGUCAUUGCUGGAGGGAGCGACAAGAGUGGGAACAUUCUAAAGUCUGCUGAGCUCUAUGAUUCUUCAACUGGUAAAUGGGAAAUGUUGCCCAGUAUGCACUCUCCACGCAAAUUAUCCUCUGGUUUUUUCAUGGAUGACAAGUUUUACGUGAUUGGGGGGAUGACAAGUCACACUGAAUCAUUAACUUGUGGGGAGGAGCUAGACCUUAAGACAAGGAAAUGGAGAAGAAUUGAAGGGAUGUAUCCAAACGAAAAUAAGGCGGCCCAGGCACCCCCUCUUGUUGCAGUUGUUGAUAAUCAACUAUAUGCAGUUGAGUACUUGACCAACGAUGUAAUAAAGUAUGACAAGGAGAACAAAAAGUGGGAUGUGUUAGGAAGACUGCCGGUUCGAGCUGAUUAUUCAAAUGGUUGGGGGCUGGCUUUUAAAGCCUUUGGAAAGCAACUUCUAGUGGUGGGCGGCCAAAGGAGCCAAGAAGGUGAAGCUAUUGUGUUAAAUACUUGGUGCCCGAAAUCAGGGAUCAAGAAUGGGAGUUUGGAUUGGAAGGUACUUGGUGUGAAGGAAAAAGUAGGGGUGUUUGUUUAUAACUGUGCUAUCAUGGGUUGUUGAAGAUUUGUUUCUGCAGAUUGGCUCAGGCAACAAUUUGCAAUCUGAAAUGCAAUUGACAUCCUUAGAAGCACAAUUGCUUGAUUGGUUAGAACUUCUUACAUAAAUUUUCACCAUCAGAGAUUUAACAAUUUUCUUUCUAACAUUUCAGUACUGAAUGCUCAUCAUUUUAAUGUCAUUCAAGAGUUCUUUUGAGUUU